CUCAAGAGAAAUGAACGAAUCCCAUCAUCCUAUAAAUAAAAGCUCCGAUUCAAGAGAGAAACAGAAGUAAAUUAAACCAGAAAUGAAGGGUAAAGGCUCUGCUAUUAUAGAAGAUACAUUCAUGUACAAAGAAGAGACUAAUCUCACAGUUCUCAAGACCUCCCUUUUCUUCACCGGCGAUGGAUUUACUGCUUAUGACUGUAAAGGCCAACUCGUCUUCCGAGUUGACACCUAUGGCCCCGACUCUCGUGACCAGGGCGAACUCGUUCUCAUGGAUGCCUCUGGUAGAUGCAUUCUCACUGUUCGCCGAAAGAGACCAAGUCUGCAUCAUAGAUGGGAAGGCUACAUAGGAGAAAGAAUGGAGGGGCAAAAACCAAUAUUCAGUGUACGAAGAUCCUCCUUAAUAGGAAGAUCAAGUGUGACAGUAGAGGUAUACAACAAUAAUCCAGUGGAAGAAUACCAGAUAGAAGGGUCAUUUGCACAGAGGAAUUGCAAAUUUUUCAAUGCAGAUAAAGAAUCGGUUGUUGAAAUUCGACGUAAAGUGGACGCUUGUGCUAAUGUGGUGCUUGGCACAGACGUUUUUUCUUUAAAUGUCAAGCCUGGUUUUGAUGCUGCCUUUGCUAUGGGAUUGGCCCUUGUGCUUGAUCGAAUUCAAGGUGAUGAUUAUGUUGAAGUUAAUGAUAAUAAUACUCCCUCCGCUCCACUUUAAGUGAUUUUUGAUAUUUGUUUUGUGAUCCACAAUAUUUGAUUUUUUUAAAUAUCAAAAAAGAAUUAAUUUCUUCGUUUCAAAGUUGUCCUUGUAGUAACUAGGAAUAGUUUGUUAUAUUUUCAAUAAGC